GCAACUGGCAACAAGGCAGAAGCUUUGCGCCACUCUUCUUUCUACUCCAGUCUCCAGAAAGACGGACCCCUCAUCGCGCUGACACGUGACGCUUUUAAUUUCCUGCUCCUGCAAAAAGCCAAAAAGUAGUACUACUCUUUCUCUCACCAUUAACUGUCAUUGAUGCUUCUUCUUCUCGUCCUCUGCCUCCACCACCACCACCACCACCACUACUUCCAUAAUUCACUAUCUCCUCUAACUCAGUCUCCUCCUCCACUGCUCUCUUCUUUUCUCUUCUCUUCCACCUAAUUCUGUAACAAAUUCUCAAAAACGCAACUUCCCUGUUUUUUCUUUUGAAGUUAUUUGCUUAGAAUGGAAGCUUUUCUCUACAUACAGUCAAUUAUAUCUCAGAUCUUUUUCCACAUUCUUUAGUUUUUUCUUUUAGGUCUAAUUCCUAUAAUUUACUCAGCCAUGCACGGCUACAGCCGCCUUGGCAACGGCCGCUCCGUCACUGCCACCACGACGCCUUCCCCUCCUUCCUCUCCCCGGCUUCGUCACGGCCGGGGCAAGACAGGUGGGACUGGUGGCGGUUUUGGCGGAGUUGGAGGUGUCGGCGGCGGCGGCAGUCGUAGUUCCAAGCAGAAUUUGGUGGAGAGGCUAAUAUUUAUACUUGUAUCUGUGGUUUUUAGACGAAGAGGAGUGCUUUUGUUUGCGCCUUUGAUGUACAUUUCAGGAAUGUUGUUAUAUAUGGGAUCUUUGAAUUUUGAUGUUGAUUUAAAUUUAAAGAGUGGCGGCGUUGUUGUACGGAAACGUCCUCCGCCUGGGUCGGUGUAUCGAAGUCCGCAGGUUUUUGAGAAGCUAUGGCCCUAUAUGGAGACUGAGAGCAAUGGGAGCAACAAUGCGUUGAUGACAGCUUGGGAUCCAAAGCUGCGUAAUGGCUGGAAACCUUGUGGCAAUGGCAACAACGAGACAUCCGAAGCAGAAUUGCCAAAGUCUAAUGGUUUUCUCAUAAUCGAAGCCAAUGGUGGGUUGAAUCAACAACGUCUAUCGAUAUGUGAUGCAGUUGCUGUGGCAGGACUACUAAAUGCUACUCUUGUCAUUCCAAUUUUUCAUUUAAACAGUGUUUGGCAAGAUUCCAGCAAAUUCGGAGACAUAUUUGAUGAAGAAUUCUUUAUACAUGCUCUUAAGAAUGAUGUGGAUGUGAUUCAUGAACUCCCAAGGGAUGUACUUGAGCAGUUUGACAAUAAUAUAAGCAGUAUUAUAAAUUUGAGAGUAAAAGCUUGGUCCAGUCCAACCUACUAUCUUCAGAAGGUGCUUCCAAAGCUGAUACAGAUGCGGGCAGUGCGCAUCGCACCUUUCUCCAAUAGACUAGCUCAUGCAGUUCCUCCAGAUAUCCAGAGGGUUAGAUGCUUAGCCAAUUUUGAAGCACUGAGGUUCUCAGAACCUAUAAGAACUCUUGCAGAAAAAAUGGUUGAUCGGAUGGUUAAGAAUAGCUCACAAAGUGGGGGGAAAUAUGUCUCGGUGCAUCUUCGGUUUGAAAUGGAUAUGGUUGCAUUUUCAUGCUGUGAGUAUGAUGGUGGGGAGGAAGAGAAGCACGAAAUGGAUAUGGCUCGAGAAAGAGGAUGGAGAGGAAAAUUUAGGAGAAGAGGCAGAGUAAUAAGGCCAGGAGCAAACCGUGUGGACGGAAAAUGCCCUUUAACUCCAUUAGAGGUAGGAAUGAUGCUUAGAGGCAUGGGUUUUGAUAAUACCACCUCAGUAUAUGUUGCCGCUGGUAAUAUUUAUAAAGCGGAGAAGUUUAUGGCUCCACUUAAAAAGAUGUUUCCACGUUUAGAAACAAAAGAUACAAUAGCUACUGCUGAAGAACUUGCUCGAUUUAAGGGACACUUGUCUAGGUUGGCUGCGCUCGAUUAUACAGUUUGCCUGCACAGUGAAGUCUUUGUCACAACUCAAGGUGGAAAUUUUCCCCACUUCUUGAUGGGUCACAGGCGUUAUUUGAAUGGAGGACAUGCUAAGACGAUCAAACCUGACAAGAGAAAAUUGGCCCUCUUAUUUGAUAAACCCAGUAUCAGAUGGGAAGUCUUCAAGCGACAGAUGAAAGAUAUGCUUCGCCACAGUGAUCACAAAGGGUCUGAAUUGAGAAAGCCCAGUGGAUCACUUUACACAUUUCCAAUGCCUGAUUGCAUGUGUAAACCACCUGAAGCAAGAGCUAAAGACAAUAGCACAUUGAUACUUAAUUCUAAGCUUUUAGCUAGAUGAUAGUUUCUGGAGUUACAAAAUAUAGUAUUUACACGCUGUAAUUUUUAAUGUACAAUUAAAAUGUCUAAGCAGGAAAAAGUGUACCUUUAGAUUUAAUUCUUUCAUUAGGGAUUUGAGGGGAGAACUUUAUAGGUUUAUUCUUUGAGGUUCAUUGACUCAGCUAUAGUUGGAAUACUGUUCUCAAAAAUCACUGUAAAUGAUGCAUUUAGAAAUUGUACAAUAUGUUAUAUGAUGUAAAAUUUUGAAUGCCAUCCCGCAAUUUAUUGUAUUCUCUA